CGACGUCGGCAUGGCGCUACUUUUUGCCGACGUCUGCCAAGCAAAGCCGAAGCUGUGGACAGCCCGCCCGCUACCACCACAUCAACACCUUACGUACCUACAGAGCGCCCGCCACUACUUCUAUCGUCAUCCAGCCACCCACAGCCAGGCCACUCCCAUCCGGUAUAGAUAGCUUCGACACAAAAUCACCCAACAUGGCCAUGGACACGGAUACGAUCCCCAAUCUGUUGGGCGAUCUGCGCGAUCAGGCACCGGAGGAGCUGCAAGAGUACUUCAUCACUUUUGAAGAUUACUGGGAGCGGAAGCUAUGGCACGAGCUGACGGAUAAGCUUGUUCUCUACUUCGAGAACCCACAAAGCACCAAACAGCGGAUACCGCUCUUCGAGACCUUUAUCAAGAGCUUCGCCAACAAGAUUAACCAGCUGAAGCUAGUGACCAUUGGUCUGAAUGCUGCUACACAAUAUGAGGACGACGAGGAGCGCUUAAAUUUCGUCGAAGAUCUCGCAAAGCGGGUGGACAAGCCCGCCUCACAAGAUGCCUACGUCUACGCCACAGUUGCUUCGGCGAGCAUACAGCUACGGACGGGGGACUAUGACGGUGCCCGAAAGAAGCUGGACAAGUGUGAGCAGAUACUGGAGAACUUCGACUCGGUGGAGACGGUAGUGCACGCGGCAUUCUACCGGACCAGCGCAGAAUACUACAAGGCAAAGCAUGAAUUCGCCGCUUACUACAAGAAUGCCCUCCUCUAUCUUGCGUGUGUUGAUCUGCCGGAACUUGAAUUGACGGAGCGGCAAAAACGCGCCUAUGACCUCAGCAUUGCCGCGUUGGUAUCCGAUUCCAUUUACAACUUCGGUGAAUUGCUUCUGCACCCGAUCCUCGACACACUCGAAAAGACACAACACUCUUGGCUACGCGACCUACUCUUUGCCUUUAAUCGGGGCGAUUUGUCCGCCUAUCGCGUUCUCUCCGACAACAUAUCCAAAAACCCACUCCUCAAAGAACAUCAGACUUUCCUCUACCAAAAGAUAUCUUUGUCAGCACUGACGGAGACCGUGUUUCGCCGCCCGCCACACGACCGCGCCAUGACAUUCCAGACAAUCGCACAGGAGACGCAGGUCAAGCCAAAUGAAAUUGAGCACCUCAUCAUGAAGGCUUUGAGCUUGGGACUGUUAAGGGGCACAAUCGACCAGGUCGCCGAGGUUGCGCGGAUCAACUGGGUACAGCCGAAGGUGUUGGACAUGAAGCAGAUCGAGAGCAUGAGGGGUAGGCUGAAGGAGUGGGAUGCAAGCGUGAACCACCUCGGAAACUGGAUCGAAGGGGUUGGGAAAGACGUGUGGGCUGCUUAA